AUGGACACAGUUGCUCAGGCUAUUGCGGACCCCCCGCAAAGAAAUCCUGCUGAUAUUCGUGUCAAUGGCGAGCCUGUGAAUGGAGGACCUGGUGUAAUUCCCCCUGCUGCUAAUCAAGGUAAUCCCCGUGGGCCUCCCCAGCCUACUCCUGAAGGACAAACCACACAACAAAUCAGAAGGGCUGCUGCUAUCCCCGUGUUGGAAGAGGACCGACAUGAGGACUUGUUUCCUGAAAGUGAAUGGGGAUUUCCGCAUGAUGCUGGACGGAUGUUUAGAGGUUUGGAAGAAAGGAUGAGGGCAAUGGAAGGCCAAAGACUGGGUAUGGAUAUCAAUGACUUGGGUUUAGUUCCUGGCGUCCGUGUGCCACCAAAAUUCAAAGUACCUGAUUUUGAGAAAUACAAGGGGAACACUUGCCCUAAGACACAUGUCCGAGCUUACUAUCGCAAAAUGCAUGUAUACUUUGAGGACGAAGGACUGUUGAUGCAAUUUUUCCAAGAUAGCCUGACUGGGGCAUCCUUGGAAUGGUAUAUGAGGUUGGAGAGAACUCACAUCCGAAGUUGGAGGGACCUAGUUGAGGCCUUCGUGAAGCAGUAUCAGUAUAAUGUCGACAUGGCCCCGAAUCGCACUCAGUUACAGAAUCUAGCCCAGAAAGCCAAUGAGUCCUUCAAAGAAUAUGCGCAAAAAUGGCGCGAGUUGGCGGCUAGGGUCCAGCCACCAAUGAUGGAAAGAGAGAUGAUGGACUUGUUCACCAACACUCUGGAGGGCCAAUACUACUCCGCCUGCUCUGCAUCCUCAAGUUUUGCCGAGUUGGUUAUGAUUGGUGAGCGAAUUGAAAGUGGAAUUAAGGCUGGUAGAAUACAAAAUCCAAGUACUGCUAGUUCCUCCUCUGGGGCAGGGGGGAAGAAACCUUAUAACGGAUUUGCUAAGAAGAGAGAGGGUGAGACUAGUGCUGCUUACUAUGGUAGUGGCAGAAAUCAGGCUCAUCAACAAGUAGCCGUUGUGACUAUCCCAAAUGCUCCCUUCCAACAUCAACAACAAGGGUAUCAGCCGCGUCAGUAUCAGCAACGGCCGAAAUUGCCAGAAAGAGUUUUUGAUCCGAUCCCAAUGACAUACGCACAAGUAUUGCCAUAUCUCCUCGAUUUGAACUUGGUCCAAUUGAGGACUUUGGCCACUCCUGCUAAGUUGCCUGCCAAUUGGGAUGCCAAUGCAAGAUGUGAGUUCCACUCUGGAUCACCUGGACAUAAUAUUGAAAACUGUAAAGCAUUGAAGCAUAAAGUCCAGGAUCUUCUCGACUCUAAAGCCAUCGAGUUUACUCCUACUCAAGGACCUAAUGUUGUUCAGAAUCUUAUGCCUCCCCAUGGAACCCAUGCGGCAAAUGCUAUUGAGGUUGUUGAAGACACUCACCCGGUUAAGGAUGUGAUCGAAUUGGGUUCAUUGUUGCCAUUAUUGAAGAAGGAAUUGUUGAGGAUGAGUCUAUAUGCUGGUUGUGGAGAAUUCUGUACUAAUUGCAUGGACACUUCCUCAGUUUGUGAUAAGGUGAAAGAUGGGAUUCAACAGUUGAUGGAUAGUGGGUAUCUACAGUUUGAGCGUGUGCGACGUCCUGAAAUGGUUGAAAACACAGUUAAUGUGGCAUCUAUCCCGUAUACUCCUGCCAAGAUUCCAAUUCCUGCCAGAGCACCUCCUUUGGUUAUUACACUUCCUGGUCCCGUCCCAUAUAACAGUGAAAAAGCAAUUCCAUGGAAUUAUGGGGGAGAAGUUUUCUACCAAGGGGCCAAGUAUGAGGUUAAAGCGCCGGUUGAGAAAGAAGAUGUUGACAAUGUUGUGGGCAGUGGAAGAAUGACGAGAAGUGGUCGUAUUUUCAAUCCUCCCCAGAAUACUCGCGAUGACAAUGCAGAAGCUUUAGCUCAAGCAAAAGGUAAAAGAGUGGUAGAAGAUGCAGUAGAUCAAGGGCAAAGCUCUAAUUCCGGUGAUACUUUGCUCUUGUGUUCGGAGACACAUCGAAACGCGUUGUUGAGACUCUUAAGUACUGCUUUCGUCCCUCCAGAGAUCUCAGUAAAUCAACUCGAAGGAGUGGUGUCAAACAUCAACGCUGGUAAUGGAUUGGGGUUCACUGACGCUGAUCUGCCUCCUGAGGGCAGAAACCACAAUAGAGCUUUGCAUAUAUCGGUGGAGUGUAAAGGGACUAUGUUAUCACGUGUUCUCGUGGAUAAUGGAUCUUCUUUGAAUGUAUUACCGAAGUCGUCUUUGAUGAGGCUGGAUUACUCUGGUGUUGAGAUAAGGCCAAGUGAAUUGACGGUGAGAGCCUUUGAUGGCUCGAAGAGAUCAGUAUUUGGGGAGGUCAACUUGUCGAUAAUGAUAGGUCCUCAACUCUUCACUAUUACUUUCUUCGUGAUGGAUAUCCACCCGUCUUACAGUUGUCUCCUGGGACGUCCAUGGAUCCAUGCUGCUGGGGCCGUGACUUCCACAUUGCAUCAGAAACUUAAAUUCGCGACUCAAGGGAAGAUAGUCACAAUAUGUGGGGAGGAAGAACACGUGGUAAGCCAUCUUGCGUCCUUCAGGUAUAUUGAUGUGGAAGGAGAGGUCCACGAGACGCCUUGCCAAGCCUUUGAGGCUGUCCAGACCAUCAAGAUCCCUUAUGUUGAAAAUAAGAAGUUGGAGGCCCCCAUGUCUUCAUUAAAGGAAGCUAAAGUUGUGGUUGAAUCUGGUCAUCCUGAAGGAUGGGGCCGAGUCUUAGACCUGUCGGUUAAGCAGGAUAAAUGUGGGAUUGGAUAUCAGUUGGGUCAGAGUUCAUCUAAUGAGGCCUCCAAGAAGCCCGGAACCUUCGUUCCGAUCAAGUUCUCUAGUGCCGGCAUCGUCAAGGAUCAUAUUUGUGCUGCUGAUGAUGAUAUGGAUAGCGAUUAUGACAUCGAGGAAUGGAUCAAGCCGUGUGUCCCAGGACAGAAGCUUCUCAACUGGUCGUCCGAGGACAUCAUCUCAAUUGCUUCUGAUCAAGAAUCCACCCCUCCUCCAGAUUCUAUUGAUAACGAUCUUGCUAUGCCUCAUUAUGACUUCGACAAUCCUAUCUACACCGCCGAAGAAGGGGAUGAAGAAGAUUAUAUGCCUGGAUUAGAUAGUGAUAUUGUUGUGCACAGGUUACCUCUUAAAGAGAACUCGCCGCCUGUCAAACAGAAACUCAGGAGAACACGUCCUGACAUGUCCAAGAAAAUCCAGGAAGAGGUUCAGAAACAGUUUGAUGUCGGCUUUCUUGCUGUAACAGUUUAUCCACCAUGGGUCGCCAACAUUGUACCUGUACCUAAGAAAGAUGGGAAGAAGGCCAUUAAGAGCAGUGUGAUUGCUGAUUAUCUCGCGCAUCAACCUGUGGACGAUUACCAGUCUAUGUACUUUGAGUUCCCUGAUGAGGAUAUAAUAUGUGUGGCAGAGACGUCCAAAAGUCAAGAUCAAGAGGAGGGACCUGAACCAGGGGCGCGAUGGACGCUCGUGUUCGAUGGUGCCUCGAAUGCAUUGGGUAAUGGUAUUGGGAUCAAUGGAGAUUGGGAAACGCGCCAUCCCAACUUGAUUCCUUAUAGAGAACAUGUUGUGAAACUGGCUCAAUAUUUCGAUGAGAUCACUUUUGAUCAUAUCCCUCGAGAGGAAAAUCAUUUGGCUGAUGCCUUGGCCACUUUAGCGUCCAUGUUCAAAGUCAAAUGGGACAACGAAGCGCCCUCAAUCGUGAUCAAAAGGUUGGAUGAGCCUGCAUUCUGUGGUGUUAUUGAUAAUGUGCCGGAUGAGAAACCAUGGUUUCAUGACAUCAAGAAAUUUCUGGAGACCCGAGAGUAUUCUAAGGGUGCUUCCCUUACGGAUAGGAAAACUCUAAAGAGACUAUCUGCCAAGUUCUUCAUUGCUGGAGGUGAAGAUGAUGAAGAAGAAGAUUCGGCGUUGCAUAUUGAAGAUUGGUUGAUGAUGAAGGUGAAUUGUGGAGAUGGUGAUGAAGAAUGA